AUACACAGAGUAUAGGAUACUUUUAAAACAAGUAAAUGGUACAGCAGUCUGUCAAUUAAUGGCUAAGGAAGGAAAUCCUGUGAUAGUAAUGAUGCCAGGGCUUUGAGGCACCCUCUAAAAUUAUGCACAGUCCCGAGGCACCCUCCAAAAUUAUGCAGAGUCUUGAGGCACCCUCUAAAAUUAUGGACAGUCCUGAGGCACCCUCUAAAAUUAUGGUCAGUCCCACAGCACCCUCUAAAAUUAUGGACAGUCCCGAGGCACCCUCUAAAGUUAUGGACAGUCUUGAGGCACCCUCUAAAAUUAUGGACAGUCCCGAGACACCCUCUAAAAUUAUGGACAGUCCCGAGGCACCCUCUAAAACUACGGACAGUCUUGAGGCACCCUCUAAAAUUAUGGACAGUCCCAAGGCACCCUCUAAAAUUAUGGACAGUCCCGAGGCACCCUCUAAAAUUAUGGUCAGUCCC